CCGGGAAACAAGUCAUUCAUGAUGCAAAUGACGGGGGUUUUCGCCUAGAGCACUGGGAUAUUUAAGAGUAUUAUUAUUCUUACCCUUGUUGUUUUCAUUUGGAGCUCUGAUAGCCCCUCCGCCAUCAUGGCUGUAGUACAUAUAUACAUACAUACAUACAUACAUAGUAGAUCCAGAGCUGUAACUAUGCGUGUGUGCACUUGCUCAUGUAGGUUUCCCUGCUACAUCUGCGUGCCAGCCUAGCAUUGCUACUCCAAAUGUCCAACGGUCCAAAAGGUCUCGGUCGGGCAAAGCUGCUCCCGGUGCUUGUCCACGAACUAUUUGUUAUUUUUGGCUGUUAUUGGUUUUUUUUUCGCCGUGUCGAUCAGCCACCGGCAGCCUUCCAAACUGGGAUGAUGGCCACAACAACCUGGAAACCCGCCAUAUGAAGUUCUCACUUCCGCCUCCUCUUCGUUUUUUUAUUAUCCUCUCUUAUUUCUCUCUUGCUCUCGUUCCUGUUGCUCGUGGAAUGAAUUGCAGUACGUGAGCUGAUAUAUCAGUGGUACUCGUUUGUGUACUGCGUAUUAUCAUCAUGCGGGGUGGCUUGCUCCAGCUCGCCGCCGUUGCUGCUGCUGGCUUGGUUGUUGCGGAGGAACCUCUCGCGUACUCACCUCCAUAUUACCCAUCUCCAUGGGCAUCUGGAGAAGGAGGCUGGGAAGAUGCCGUCCAAAGAGCAAGGGCUUUCGUCUCUCAACUAACCCUACCCGAGAAGGUCAAUUUAACAACGGGUGUUGGAUGGAUGCAGGAAGACUGUGUAGGUCAGGUCGGGUCAAUUCCUCGCAUGGGCUUGCAUUCCCUCUGCUUGCAAGAUGGCCCACUUGGAAUUCGAUUUGCCGAUUACGUUUCUGCGUUCCCCGCCGGUGUUAACGUCGGUGCCACAUUCAGUAAAGAGCUUGCCUAUAUUCGCGGGAGAGCAAUGGGCGAGGAGCACCGAAAUAAAGGUGUCGACAUUGUAUUGGGCCCUGCAAUUGGGCCAUUGGGAAGAUCGCCAGAUGGAGGACGGAACUGGGAAGGUUUCGGCCCGGAUCCCGUUAAUUCAGGGAUUCUUGUUGCGCAAACUAUCCAGGGAAUUCAAAGCGCGGGCGUCGUUGCUUGUGCCAAACAUUUUAUAGGCAACGAACAGGAACGGUUUCGCCAGGGUCCUGAGGCUCAGGGGUACGGUUUCAAUAUCUCGGAGAGUUCAAGUUCAAAUAUUGAUGAUGUAACAAUGCAUGAACUCUAUCUCUGGCCAUUUGCGGAUGCAGUUCGAGCAGGAGUUGGCUCCGUUAUGUGUUCCUAUACUCAAAUCAAUAACAGCUACGGCUGUGGCAACAGUUAUACGCAGAACAAGCUUCUCAAGGCUGAACUUGGAUUCCAGGGGUUUAUUAUGAGCGACUGGCAGGCCCAGCACAGUGGCGUUGGUUCUGCUCUGGCUGGCCUGGAUAUGUCAAUGCCUGGCGAUACCGUCUUCGGAACAGGCCUUUCCUACUGGGGAACGAACUUGACUAUCGCAGUUGCUAAUGGAACAAUUCCGGAAUGGCGAGUUGAUGAUAUGGCGGUUCGAAUUAUGGCCGCGUAUUACAAAGUCGGUCGGGACACGGCUAAAGUGCCUACCAACUUCAAUUCCUGGACUCGGGAUGAAUACGGCUAUCAACAUGCUCUCGUUCGAGAAGGAUAUGGAAAAGUCAAUGAGAGGGUCAAUGUUCGAGCCCGACAUGCCAAUAUCAUCAGACAAGUCGGAGCAGCUAGCGUUGUGCUUCUUAAAAACACAGGGAGUCUCCCUCUGACUGGGUUGGAAAAGACUACUGCGGUCAUUGGAGAAGAUGCUGGGCCUAAUCUUUUGGGACCCAAUGGUUGUCCUGAUCGAGGUUGUGAUAAAGGCACAUUGGCAAUGGGAUGGGGUAGCGGGACGGCUGAUUUCCCAUAUCUGGUAACUCCCGCGGAAGCCAUUCAGAACGAGAUCCUAUAUAAAGGAGAGGGAGUCGUUCUCUCGAUUUUUGAUAACUGGGCAUCGAGUCAGAUCAAAUCACUUGCGUCUCAAGCUACGGUAUCACUGGUUUUUGUUAAUGCUGAUUCUGGAGAAGGAUACAUCUCUGUUGAUGGGAAUGAAGGAGACCGUAAGAAUCUGACCCUUUGGAACGGAGGUGAUGAAUUGAUCGACACAGUGGCAUCCAAUUGCAACAAUACUGUUGUUGUGAUACAUAGUACCGGCCCCGUCUUAGUGGGCGACUGGAAUGAACACCCCAAUAUUACAGCACUUUUGUGGGCUGGUUUACCUGGUCAAGAAAGCGGUAACUCGAUUGCGGAUGUUCUUUAUGGAAGAGUCAACCCAGGUGCCAAGACCCCCUUCACAUGGGGUAAAACAGCAGAGGACUAUGGCGCGUCCAUUUUAAAGCACCCCAAUGCAGGGAACGGCGCACCCCAGGUCGAUUUUACCGAAGGGAUUUUUAUCGACUAUCGAGCAUUUGACAAAGCGAACAUAGACCCCAUCUACGAGUUCGGUUUCGGGCUAAGCUACACAUCAUUUUCAUACUCUGGCUUGGCCGUUGAAGUCGUAAAAUGUAGACCCUACAUCCCCACUGAGGGAAAAACGGAAUCAGCUCCCAGUUUUGGUGAAUCCCAUGGCAACCUGAGUUCAUAUCUCUUCCCUGAAGGCAUGGACCGUGUUACGAGUUAUAUAUAUCCCUGGCUGAACACCACUGAUCCCGCGAAAGCAUCCAUGGACCCCGAUUACGGGCAACCCACAGAAGACUAUGUCCCGCCUGGAGCAACCGAUGGUUCACCACAAGAACUCCUCCCUGCUGGCGGUGGCCCCGGCGGAAACCCUGGUCUUUACGAUGUAUUGUACGAAGUAACGGCGACCAUUACCAACACCGGCACUAUUCUCGGAGAUGAAGUCCCACAAUUGUACGUAUCCCUAGGCGGCCCCAACGACGCCAAAGUUGUUCUCCGAACUUUUGACCGCUUCACUUUUGCACCCGGCGAAGCCAAAGUCUGGAAGACCGCGUUGACCCGACGGGACUUGUCCAACUGGGACCCUGUCUCACAGAACUGGGUGAUUACCAAACAUCCGAAGACCGUAUACGUGGGCAGCUCAUCCCGAAAUCUACCACUAUCCGCCCCUCUGUCGUCCAAUGACUGUUGAAUACCGUGUUUUUCUUCUCUUUCCCUUUGUGGGAGUGUGGCGGCCAUAUGAGGGCGCCCAACUAGGGUUAGGUUCAAUCGUCUGAUUCCUCUUGAUUUUACAUACGGCACCUUUCUUUGUGGAAAACUCUAUAGUUCGCGAUUGCUCGCGCCUAGCAUUUUUUAAUGUUUUAUUAUUAAUGGACUCGUAUAAUGCCAAAUCCUAUUAAUUACUGCAUUUUCUACCGGACAGUAUAAUUUUCUGUGCCCA